UCGGAAUCGACUACCCCUAGUCAAUAACCUAGUGCUCCACAUUGUCGGUGUUCGUUUACCGUGACCUGACACAAGCUCAUGUGCUACCCGGUACGCAGCGAUCGAUCAUAACCUAAAAGCCUAGAUAAACAACGCCAAAAAUUAUUCCGCAUCACAGAAACCAUCCGUCGUAAAAUCAGAAAUGGGUACGUACGAGGAUUUCCUGAAGCUUCACCAGCCGCAGUUCGUCGCCUCCCAGAUCCCGGAGCUCUUCUGGCCGAAGAUAUGGGAGAAGCUGAAGAAUCAGGUCUUCGAUGCAGGUCUGUACUUUAGCAUUGCUCAAAUAGACUACGAGGACAGCCCCAAGGGUCCAAAAGACCCGGUGUACAAGCUCUUCCUCUCCGGAGAGACGGCAAUGUCCUGCAGCGAACCAAAUAACGUCUUUCUAAUCGAUCACGCCUGGACAUACGAUGUCACUACCGCUCGAAUUCACCUGAACAAAGUCCCAGGUCUAUUAGACCGCAUGUGCACCAUAAUGGGCCACUCCUCCCCCUCCGAAUCCAAAGAUCAAAAACUUGAAUUUAUUCUCCGAGAGAUGUGGAGGUACAAUCAAUUCUUAACGAUAAACUCCGACAGCGUAGAGGAGAGAUUACCUCUCUGGUAUAUAAUGGACGAAGUAGGCUCAGCAAUUAAUCAUAACGACUCUCCAAACUUUCGAGUUGUCCCUAUCUUACACUUAACGGAAGGAAUAACUUAUUCCGUCUUAUUUCCCAGAAGGGAUGUAGAAGUGAACGAAGAAAUCACUAGAGACUUCAUCGAAAAUCAAACGAAUGAUCCAGAAUUGCGACGUGCACUGCUCAUACCCUGGGUGGAUGCAGAUUUUAGUAGUGAAGAUUUCCGUCAAACAGAACCCGAGGAUGAUUAUUUUAUGAGUGGUAGACGCGAAGAAACUUUACCAAUACUUCACGUCUCGGAAAAAUUCAUUCAUAAUAACUAUCCUAGUGAAAAAAAACUGAAAGUUUUCACCGAGUACAAGUACGUAAGGGAUUAUUUAACAGACAGCUCAUUCGAAUUAACUGACAGCGAAGAUGAUGCUGAUGUACUCUGGUACAUGGAUCACUUCAAAGAUUACAAAACUCUGAGUACAAAAUUUCCUCAAGUACUUGUGAAUCAAUUUCCCUUUGAAAAUGUUUUAACUGUGAAGGAUUUAUUAUCAAUAAUCUGCCGACGUAAGGACGGUGAUGGGAAAUAUGAAGUUGAAACUUUGAAGACAUGUCCAAGAUGGUUGCCAACUACGUACAAUCUCAGUGCUGAACUUAUUAAGUUUGUAUCAUACUUUCAAAAUCGGAAGAUUAAGGAACUCGAUAAUCACUGGAUAUGCAAGCCAUGGAACUUGGCAAGGGGAAUAGACAUUCAUCCAACUAAUAAUUUGAAUCAUAUACUUCGGUUACCCAGCACUGGUCCAAAAGUUGUGCAGAAGUAUGUAUCAUCGCCAGUGCUUUAUGAUAGGCCAGACGUUGGUAAAGUUAAGUUUGACGUUAGAUAUGUCGUGCUACUGAGCUCAGUGAAGCCACUCAAAGCUUAUGCUUACACAAGUUUUUUUCUACGUUUUGCUAAUCGUCCAUUUGCACUUGAUAAUUUUGACAUUUACGAACAGCAUUUUACGGUUAUGAAUUACUCGGAUGAAUCACCACUUCAUCAUGUCAAAUGUGAGGAUUUUGUUAAUGAGUGGAGUAAAAUGUAUCCUGAUUUUGAUUGGAGGAAAUAUGUUGAACCGAAGAUUCUGAAAAUGUUGUGGGAAGUGUUUGAAGGUGCUUGUGCUCAGGAACCACCCAGAGGAAUUGGACACAAUCCUCAGAGCAGAGCUGUUUAUGCUGUUGAUCUCAUGCUGGAGUGGGAUGAUAACGAUAUGCAACCGAUUUUACUGGAGUUCAAUUUUUCGCCUGAUAACAAAAGAGCUUGUGAAUAUUAUCCUGAAUUCUACAAUGACAUCUUCAAGUGCCUGUUCCUAGGAGAUGAUAAUCCCAGUGUCUUUCAUGAUUUAUCCAGUCUGUGAUCAGUGAUAAAAAUGAAGAAUGGAAACUGAUACUUUCGCUUAAGGUACGAAUAGAAAAUUGCAUGAAGGAUGAAUGAUUUAUUACGGAGUAAAAAGGUUUCUUUUGAAAUUGAAUAUUAAAUAGUUUAUUAUUAUGAAAGUGAUAGUAAUUCUUUUAGGACCUAAUGACACGAUAAAACGAGAAAUAA